AAUUUUUCUAAAUAAAUCAAGUUGGUAGAAUGUAAAUGCUACAUAACCUCAAUGUUUCACAAUCGUUAACUGUCAGUUUUGUAAAAUAAACAAACCUACUAAAAGUUCAAAAUGUGUCGUUGAAAAUAGUAUAUUAUGUAAAGUUCGUUUUUUUAUUCGGGAUUUGACCAUUUGACACAUUUGAUUAUGUUGGUAUUGUAUGUUAAUAUGCAUACAUUAAAUUGGUACUCCUGUGCAAUCCCUUAAAUUUAAAUACAUUGAUAUUUGUCAUUUAACAGUCAGAAUUAUAUUAAAUAUAUGUGUAUUUUCUCUUUUGGGCUGUAAAGUCACCCACAUUUCAUCAAAGGAGAAACUAUUUUUAUUCCACAAUUUUAAUAUAUUGGGGUAAAUAAUAUAAUAUACUAUUAUUUAUGCGUAUGGAACGAACCCAUUGGAAAUUUUAAAAUUACUCGGAAUAAAUCAAGUUGGUAGAACGUAAACCGACAUAACCUCAAUGUUUCGCAAACGUUAACUGUCAUUUUUGAAAAAUAAACAAAUGGGUCGUAGAAAAAAGGAUUUUAACACCUCCGAUGGCUUUGAAGAAUGGGGUGGUUACAAAAAGGCAAAAGUAUCAAAGCUAGACGAGCAAUUCAAAGAUGAGUCAAAAAUAGUAAAAAUAUCCGAUAUUUUCCAAGGUGUUGCCAUUAUGGUGAAUGGUAUAACGAGGCCCCCUGCCGACGAAUUAAAAAAGUUAAUGGCCCAGCACGGUGGUGUUUAUCAUAUGUAUCAGUUGUCUUCGACGACUCAUAUAAUUUGCUCCAAUUUGCCAACAGUUAAGAUUAGAAAUAUGGGAACCAAACCAGUCGUUAAACCAGCUUGGAUAACAGAGAGCAUAUCUCUAGGAAAAAUUAUAGACUUUAGGAGAUAUUUGCUGUAUACUCAUCAGAGUAUAUCACAGCCUAGGCUAGACUUUAAAGUUAUUGAUAAACCCAGCACUUCUAUGAAUCAAAGUACCACAAACAUUUCACCAGAAAAAUCAACGAAAAUUUGUGUAGAAAGUGAGGUUAAAUCGCCUAAAAAAAUUGAAGUUACAAGUAGAAGUACUAAGACUGCUUCUGAUCCAAAUUUCCUUGAGGAAUUUUAUAACAAUUCCAGACUACAUUUAAUAAGUACUUUGGGUGCUGAAUAUAAGCAACUGGUGUGUCAAAUAAGGGACAAACAUGACGGUUUUUUUCUUGGAAGGAAAAAACUUGCCGCUACAAGAGGCAAUACUACCAACAUGCAGCAAGAAAACCGGGAAACUGUUAUAAUGCACAUUGAUAUGGACUGUUUUUUCGUCUCGGUAGGCUUAAAAUCGCGGCCUGACUUGAUUGGCAAACCUGUAGCGAUUGCGCAUGCGCGAACAGCGCGCACUGCGAAUGACAACACCGAAAAUCGUUCGCUGGAGUUCGCGAUGUACGAGGAGAGAAAUGGCAACAUUGCAGCUGGUGCAUCGAGGGUUGCCAACCUCGACGGACGAGCUUCGAUGAGCGAGAUCGCCAGCUGCAGCUACGAAGCUAGAAAGUGCGGCGUCAAAAAUGGCAUGUUUCUUGGUAGGGCUGCGCAGCUGUGCCCCGAUCUGAUCACUUUACCGUACGAUUUUGAGGGCUACAAAGAGGUGUCGAACUUGCUCUAUCAAACUAUAGCCUCCUACACCGUGGACAUAGAGGCAGUGAGUUGCGACGAAAUGUACGUCGAUUGCACGGAAAUUUUGCGCGAAACCGGCCUGAGCGUAUCUGAGUGGGCUACGCAUGUGCGUGGAGAAAUAACCGCCAUUACUGGCUGCCCUUGUUCAACCGGAUUCGGAGCUAACAGGUUACAGGCUAGAUUGGCAACGAGAAAGGCAAAACCGAACGGGCAGUUCCAUUUAAAAGCCGAUAUAGUAGAAGACUACAUGUCCGAUAUACCGCUCAGCGAUUUACCAGGGGUGGGUCGCGCUACUUUGGCCAAACUGGCAAAUUUGGGGCUCACUACUUGCGGAGACGUCCAGAUUUCCUCACUGAAAUGUCUCCAAUCAGAGUUGGGGGCAAAAGUUGGGGAAACUCUGGUGGAUCAAGCUAAAGGUAUCGAUAAAAAACCGUUAAAUUAUUACCAAGAGAGAAAAUCAAUUUCCGCUGAGAUCAACUAUGGAAUUCGAUUCAAAAGUUUGGAAGAGUUUUGGAGUUUUUUGCAAACUUUAUCGCACGAAGUUUACAACAGGCUCUUGGACACAGGCAUGAGAUCGAGAUGCCUUACCUUGAAACUGAUGGUGAGAGCGGCAACAGCGCCAGUCGAAACCGCCAAAUUUUUAGGCCACGGAAUCUGCGAUAAUUUGAGCAAAACAACAUCGUCCAAUCAAAUCAUCGGCAGUGCCGAUGUGGUUUUUAACGAGGCCAAAGUUUUGUACGAGAAACUUAACGCACCAUUUUGCGAUCUACGCGGCGUCGGUAUACAGCUGACCAAGCUGGAGAAACCUGGCAACGUCGAUAACGCGCUCGGCAAGUUUCUCGUGAAGAAAAGCGAGGAGGCGGGGCGAAAAAUCAGGGACAUUUCGAAUGAAACAACGAAACCCUUGGUAAAUAUUACGAAAGGUAAUGCACAUUCCAAAAUUGUCACCAAAAAAGAUGACAAACCUAAUAAUACCCCAAAACGUGGAAGACCCAAAGGUAGCAAAAAUAUGAACAAAUCCAUCUCUAACAAGGGGAAAAAAAGCUUGAAUAAAACCGUACAAAACAACACCAUAAAUAAAUUGUUUGAAAAAAAGAAAAAUGUGUUUUUGCCCACCCCUAAAAAAAUGGACAUAGAUCUAAAUGUCCUCAACGAAUUACCAGAAGAUAUAAGAAAUCAAAUCAUUAAGGAAUAUGAAAUAACCCCUCUGGAAUUAAUACAAAAUAAUGAAAAACAGAAAUCGACCAACAACCAACCUAAAAGGCAAGAAAAACCCUUAAAACCCAAAAAAGAAGAUUAUUCCCCGUUCAGUAAACUAACUUGGGAGGAAAUUCGACCAAUAAUAAAGCAUUGGAUCGAAAGGGAAACUGUCCCGGAUAAAAGUGAUACCGAAAUGAUAGCGGAACAUUUUAAAAAACUAGCGUUGGAAAGAAAAAUCGAAACUUUAACAAGGGUUUUUAAUUUUUUAUUCAGGGUAUUUGCCAGUCUGGACUGUCCAUGGCAUGACGCAUAUUUUACUAUGGUGAACAUAACUCAGGGCGGUAUGGUGGCCAGGUAUGGCAACGUUUUGGCAAUAAACACAAAUUUUGGUUGUUGCUGUAUGUAACCGUAUUUUUUUAAUUAAGUGUACAGUGAUAAUAAAAAACCUUAUAUAUUUUUAAAAAUAACGUAUUUAUUUUAAAUAAAAACAAUUUUACAAAACAAUGCCUUUUAAAUUUAAAGUCAACCUUAAGUAGUUUGAAAUUUCACCGUCAUUAAAUUUGUCCAGGAAAUUUGAAAUAUCUUUCAAAUUUUCCCUAUUUAAAGGUAAGUAAUAAAUAAUUUUUAUUAUUUCUUUUUUCACCAAAUUCUCAUCGGGGUUAUCCGUUAUUUUUAUGAAAGGUAUAUUUUCUAAAAAAUAAAUAAUAGUUUUUAAUUCUGCUCUACCAAAUUUUCUAAAAAAAAAAAAAAAAAUUGCUCACCCAAAAUCAGCGUUAUCUUUUUCGAAAAACUUUCCUUAAAAACGCUGUUAUCUCUUUUGAUCAAAGUAAACAGUAAAUUUAUUUUCCUUGCAGAAAUUUCUUUUUCCAGGAAACUGUUUACAGUGUCGCACACCCAAGCGUCAUAUUUGGGUAGGCUAAAAAUUAAUACAAACAAUUUUUUUUUAACAUUUUUUUGGCGAUGGGUGAAAAUGUAGAUUAAUGUGUUU